AAGCUUAAUGGGCUUUGUCUGAGCUGAUGAAUCUCUUUUGAUGACAGGAGUGGAAACUGGAAACUAGUAGACUACUAUUUCCUUGAAAGGGUAAGAUCUUUAAACAGUAUCUUCUCACUUUGACUUUCCUUGUGUUGUAGGUAGUUUAGAUGACACCUGUAUGUAUGGCACAGGGAUCCAAUUAUCCCGUAGACUGAAGAAUCAUGGGUAACCUAAUUAGCAGACCUAGCUGUUUGGGACAAAAGUCCAAACAAGUCAAGUCAGAGGAGAGCGUCUUGAAAGGGUGCUACCAGCAACGGAGAGAAUGGUCGCUCCCAGAGCCUCCUAGAGAAGAAACAAGGAAAGAGGACGUGGAAGAGGUUCUUCGGCAAACUCCAACACCGGAAAAGCAGAGGAGUUCCCCAGCCCCUACUGUCACCACGACCAGCACUCUGGACAAUGCCUGGCGAAGCACUCCAUCCCCGGUAAAAACACCACAAAAUGAUUCUUUGCCCAGAAGGAGUAAUAUUCCGGAGUAUAGAAGGUCCCCCCUGAGUCAGUAUGGGUCCGUGGACAGGAGAGGCAGCCUGCAGAGAAGGGAUUCUGGAAGUCCCUGGUCCUGGAAGCCUCUGAACACUCGAGAGGUCACUGAAGUCACAGAGGUGACAGAGACGAUUGUUACAGAGAUUGUAGAGGUGACAGAGUAUCCUUCUUCAGGGAAAGGAGGUGACCCUAUUGUUACUAGAACUGUUAGAGUCCUUACUGGAGCUGCUGGGGAACUUGCAGAGGUGCAGAGUGAUGGUCAAUCGAGUUCAGACCAGGAAUCAAGUCUAGAUCAAUGGAAGGAUGGCAGAAGUGUUGUGACUCUGAAAGAUGAGUUCAGGGAUCCGUUGAAAUUCCAGCAAAAUCUGGAAAUGCUGCUGACGUGGGUCUGCGAGAUUGAGGAGCUGGCAGCCAAUCAAAAACCACCAUCCUCAGAGUUUAAAGUGGUGAAAGCACAGCUGCAAGAACAGAAGCUCUUACAGCGCCUCGUAGAGGACAGGAGAGCCAGUAUGGAGACCAUGAUGCAGGAGGGUCCACACCUGGCAGAACAGCUUCAGGAAAAUGACAGUGAAAAGCCCAAAGUGCAGCUUGCACAGCUCAAGCUCAAGUGGGAGGCUCUACUUCAGGGCGCCAACAGCAGACACAGGACUCUGGAGGACAUUCUGCCAAGAGCUCAGCUAUUCCAGGAGAUGACAGAUAGACUUCAGCAAUGGCUGAUAUCUGUGGAUCAGGAAUUAGCUGAGCUCCGCUCUGCAGAAAGAGGGAUGCUCCAUCUGCAGGAAGCCACAGGACAAGCCAAGGCAGUAAUGGAAGAGAUAAAAGCUAAGAGUGUCGACCUGGGGAAACUCCAGCAAUGUGCUCGUGAGCUCAUGGAAAAGAUUUCAGAGGAGGAAACCCAGCUGGUGCAGGAGCAGGUGGACAGUCUGCGUAUCCGGUACUCAGUGAUGAGUCUGGGUAGUGCUGAUGUCCUGCAGAGGCUGGAACUGGCUUUGGAGGCAUCUAGUCGAUGUACCUCCAGUCAGGAAGACCUCCACAUGUGGCUUGGUCGAAUCGAGAGAGAGCUGCUUGCUCCUGCUGCCAAGAGCCAAUCUGGGGACGCAGUCUUGUGUUCUUCUGAGAGGCAGAAGCUGGAACAGGCUGUUGAGAAAGAGUUGGCUUGGUUUAAAGACACCUCACUGGCACUGGAGGAGCUCAGAGCCAUUAAUCUGGAACCAGACAUCAUCGCAGCCAAGUUCAAUGAGCAGAAAAUACUUGCUGUAGAGAUUCUGCAGCACAAGUUUAACAUUGAGAAAAUGGUGAAGAUAUUGGAACUCCUGCAGAUGUACACUGGGGAUGGGGAGACACUGAGACUCCUGUCUUCCAUAGACACCUUACAGGAGCAGUAUCGAGUCACUACUGCCACUAAUUCCCAAGUCUUGCUUCAACUGGAACAUGCUCAGUCGCUCUUGUCUCAGUUCUCAGAGGGCUAUGCUGAGGUUUUACCAUGGUUGCAGGAAACCAAAGCCCUUAUUGGCCAGUUUACCCUGAACACCAUCAGCUAUGAGGCUUUCAGAGAACAACAGGACCUCUUACAGAGAAUCAGGGAAUCCACAGCAGAGCAUAAGCCACUGAUAGCACGACUGAUCAUGCUGGCCCGGCGUCUAUCAGACCUGAAUACAGCUCAGGGACAGGAGUUCUGCCAGAAAGCUAGGGACACUGAAGACCAGCACCUGUCCAUCAGAGACAGGGUUCGAGAAGCUGCUGGAGUACUGGAGGAGUCUCUGCCCCGCUAUACACAGCUGAAUGAGAGGAUGACUCUGAUUGGAGAAAGACUGGAGCGGCUGUGUAGUCACCUGCAGGCCUCAAUGGCUCUUCAAGGCCUCACCCCACGAAUUCAGGAGCAGCUACAGGACAACAAGCACACAUUGUCUGAGCUCUCCAAAAUGGAUCUGGACCUCAGUAGUGUGAGGACACAGGCUUCAGGAGCUCCUGUCCAACACAGGGGCUCUCGCGGAUAG